CAGUAUUCAACCAUUGACUUGAAAAAUGAUGUCAAUGGCCUAUAUAAGAAAUCUGGAUUAAAAGGUAGCUGCUGAUGUCUCAGAAAGUUGGUUUGAAAUAGUUUAACAAAGAUUUAGAUUCAUUAUUUUAUCUGUUAUCAUUUUGGUAUGGCAACUCAUUAUUUAUUUUCUCAUACUAGAUUUCUUUAUUAAACAGCUUUGUGCAGGACGCAGGAGUUGCCCUAAAAAGCAUUUAUCUUUUCCACCCUCUAGAUUAAACUUCAAGUCAAGGGCCCCGCAAUGGUUGAAACUUCAUUAUUAAAUGAUGAUUUUUUAUGAUUAAGUGAAUUUCUGCAAAGUGGGAUUCUUUAUUUAUAUGUAGCCGAGUGGUGAAGCUGACAGUUUUAAAUAUAUAUAGAUUUGGGUUUAUAUAAACUCGAUAAAAUCCAGGUCUUGAGGACUAUAGCCUUAUUUGGUUCUUAGAGGGGUAGAAGUAAAUCCUAAGUGAAAGUUCAAAGAAAAUGUAUCUUAAGAAAAAGCGAAAGAAAAGGGAUCCAUUGUAAGUGAAAGGACAAUAUCUGAAAAGAUACAAAUAGUACAGGUUAAUAAUAUCCUGACUAAAUUGAAUUACAUUGGUAACAAUAAACAUGUUAAAUAGCUCAGUAAUUACAGGUUGUGACAAAAUAUACUUAACUAAGAAUAGAGUGGUAUAUGUUGUACAAAUGGCAAUAAAAAAUAUAUAAUUGUAAUAAUGUUUAAUUAUAAAAGUAAAAGAAAUCAUGUGGCAGUGUUUAAUUUGUAUCACAUACACCAUCUUACAUUCAGAAUCAGUAUGAGAUGUGGGGGCUUACAUAAAGGUCUAGAUAUGAUUAUUGUACUGUUGUCCAUUUACCUAUGUUGUCUAUGUAAGAUGCACCCAUACCUGGACAAUUACUGCAAUGGUAUGAAGUAAAACAGCUGUUAGUUGGAUACUAGUUGUAUCAAUCAAUGUGUCUUUUUAGGACAAAAGCGUAUUGCAGAAUGUCUAAUUAUUUAAUACAGCUGGUUAAUAUUAUCCUAAAUUUAGCACAUGGCAGGGUAGUAAGCCUCCUACAAAUGUUUUACAUAUAUUGGAUACUGUUUUAUCAAUAGCUUAUAAGCACAUUGCAGUAUGUGUAUCCAGAAUGAGAUUACGGUUGCGUGUUAUGCUCAUGUACACACUGGUAUCUAAUUCCAUGUAAGAAUUCAGUGGACGGCUGUAUGUUUAACCAUCGUAAUAUCAAGGUUACAAGUCAAAUUAGAUUAAAACACUGCCAAAUAUAAGUAAGAACAGAAAUCUAACACCUAACAAUUGCAUUCUACAAACACAAUAAUAUAAAGGGCGUAUUUGCUUAUAAUUACAAAAGAACCAAAUAUGCCGGUGAACAACGGGGCAUUUUAGGGACACGAUUAACACUUUAAAUACCAAAAGCCCACUCUCAUGUGUACUAUAAAUAGGGUCCCUCAAACAUCCCAGGGAGAAUCUACGUAACACAUUAACAAGACAGUCUAUUGCUUGACUUCAGGCAGAUUUCCUGAGGUAAUUUGACAAUCCCUAGAGACUCCAAGGUGAAUAAAAUUCUAAAUCCCUGACCAUAACCCUGAAGUCUUAUAUGUGUUUGUUCACGUUUUGUCUCGGCUAUCUAAGAUACACUUACAUUUAUAAAAUUAAAAUGGUCUUUGACAUAUUUUAAAUAAAAUGGGUUGGGACCCUCCCAUGGAUGAAUUUGAAAACUCCCUUAAUUACUUAAUAUUACAAUAUCCUCUAAAGAUGUAGACUUGCAAAUAUAUUAAGGUAAAGAGAAUAAAAAUUCCCCUUUCAGCAAGAUAUUUAUAGCAUAAUAACCUAUAGUUCCUGAGAAAUAAACUAUUAAACUUAUAUCAAAUACACGAAUAGGGUUUCCUAUAUUCUAAGUUUUUUAAGCGGUGGGGCAGAAGCCGCUCAUGCCAUGUUGUAAUAACCUAACCCCAAGUUCAAAUUCCACGACAGUGUGGGUGCCUGCAUAGUUUUUUAAAUUCCACCUUUAGGUCUUGGUGUGGUGUUUAUCAUGUCUGAUGCUCAGGUGGCCAACGAGAUGUUCCUGGUCCUCAUCAAUGACUUGUUGGCAUCAGGAGAGAUUUCAGAUCUGUUCAGUGAUGAUGAAAUGGAAGAAAUACUGGGCAUCAUGCUCAGCGAGUGCAAGUCAGUAGGCAUACCAGACACUAGAGAAAAUGCCUGGUACUUGUUCAUUGACAAAGUGAGGAAAAAUCUGAAGGU